AUGACAGGCACUAGCUUUGACGUGCUCACCACCACUGCCGUCGAGCUGCAGCAGUUUCUCAACGCAGGGCGGAUCUCGAGUGUCGAGAUAGUGCAGCAUUACCUGGCCCAGAUCGACCGGCAUGAGGCCAAGCUCAAUGCCUUCAUAGACCUUGCACCUCGCCAUCUUGUCUUUUCUUCCGCUGCGGCACUGGACGCGGAGAGACUCAAUGGCAAGCGGAGAGGCCCAUUGCACGGCAUCCCUAUCGUGGUCAAGGACUGCUUCAUCACGCCUCCAGAGCUAGGCAUGGGCACCACGGCAGGAUCGUGGGCCCUGGCCGGCGCCCAGCCCAAGGAGUGCUCCCCGCUCGUCCAGCACCUCAUUGAUCAGGGGCUCAUCAUCCUGGGCAAGACUAACAUGACGGAAUUCUGCGGCAUGAAAAUGACCAUGAUGUCGCCUGGCUGGUCAGCCUACGGCGGGCAGACACUGUCCCCCUAUGUCGGCGAUAUCGAGAAGGACGAGACGAUUUUGGGUCAUUCGUCCCCGGGCGGUUCCUCGACUGGCUCCGCCGUCGCCGUCGCAGCGGGCUUCAGCCCCCUGGCUCUCGGCACCGAGACCAUCGGGUCCAUCAUCACCCCCGCCACGAGGGCGGGCCUGUAUGCACUAAAGCCCACGGUCGGCUUGCAAGACACGCGCGGGAUGUACAGGAUGACGGAGUUCUUCGACUGCCCCGGGCCCAUGGCCAAGACGCCCGAGGACCUGGCUGUCCUGGCAUCUGUCAUGCUCCGCCAGCCUUCAUUGUCCUCCCCCGCCUCCACUGAAGAGUCAGCCUUGAGGCAGCCAUGGGAGGGGCUUUCGGUUGGAUAUCUGGACCCGCGGGUGGAAGAGUACCAAGGCGUCAUUGCUCAACUCAAGCAAGAAGGCUGCAGCGUGAUGCCUGUUGAGUUGCCAGACCCAUCCACCCUGACUACUGUCGACGGGGAGCAAGCCAUCAUGCCCAUUGCCUUCUGGGACUUCAAGAACAUAGGCAUUCCUCAAUUCCUGAGUUGCUUCGAGGACCACCCGGUAAGGUCUCUCACAGACGUCAUCGACUACAACGACAAGCACAAGGACAGGGCCCUUCCAUACCCACACACCGAACAGAAUGACCUCAUCAAAGCCCUGGCGAACACCGACAAGGAAGACCACAUCCGCAACCUCAAAUCGAGCCUGCGAUCUCUCGCCUGCAAGAACCUAGACGCCAUCCUCGAUGCCCAUAACAUCAACGUCAUAAUCGCGCCCGCGGACUCUGCCCUUCCGAUAUACACUGCUGCAGCAGGCUACCCCGUCGCGGCCGCACCCCUUGGCCAGCUGCGCUACAACCGCCGGCCCUUCGGCCUGUGCCUAUUGGCGCGGCAGUACCAGGAGCAGAUCCUCCUCCGCUUCAUGUCGGCAUACCAAGACGUGGUACAGCACCCCGCCCGGGCACUCCCUCCCCUCCCCCAGUUUCCUCUCCAUCUUCCUAGCCUAGCUUGA